GGUGUGACGUCAGCCGGGCGGCCGGUCGCGCGCUGCCGCCGCCAUGGGGAAGAGCCGGCCGCGCGCGGGGAAGGCGGGCAGUGUUUUCCGCAUCGCUCGCAGCGGCGCCGCCAAGGCCAAGGCCAAGGGCAAGGCGCGGCCCGUCACCUCCGGGCUGAAGCAGCUAAACAUUAGAAAUGCUGAGAAAGUUAGCACAAUAAAUAAAGCAUUUGCUGAAGUUCAGAAAGAAAUACAGCAACUAUCAAAAGGCACUGCAGCAGAACCUCAGAAGAAUGAUCAGGUUUCCGCAAACCUGGAAGAGGAACCGGCAAACGUGGAUGCUGCCACAAACCUAUUAUCUCAGUUGUAAUACAUAAUGGAUGAUGAAGGGAUCACAAGAAAUGAAGAUAACAUACCAAUGGCUUUGUUUGUACAAUUUUAUUUAAAAAAUCUUGUUAAUAUACAAGUAUUGGCACACUUUAAUACAAACUACAAACAGACCUUUCCUAUCAUCUAGGAAAGUGGAAUGUCAGAAGUCAGUGUGAGAAACUUAAAGUGCUAAAACAGAAGGCACUUCACAAAAUUGGUUCACUGAAACAAUUUAGCAUAACUCAAGUUGAUAUCCUUCACUUUUCAGCUUGGCAGUGAAAGCUUCAAAACUGAUUGAAAGGUUAAAGACAAAAAAUACAGAAAGCUUCUUGGCAGUAAAGCUUCAAAGAAAAUGCUGUUAACUGUGAGCAAGAA